ACUACAGAAAGGAAACGUAUAAAAUACAAAUGUGUAAUGAGAAAUAUGAUUCUGGAUACCCAACGUUAUACAGCACACCGGCUUAUAACUUUUUCUAUGUGGAAGUCGUGUCUUAUCGAACGGAUUAUAAUUUUGGACAGUUUAAUAUGCCUCUAGUGUUAAGUUUAAUAUUUAUCUGGACAAUAAUGUGGGCGUUGUUGAUUGCGGAACGUGUUUCUCAUGGACGAUUAAUCUGGAACAAUGUGUACACCUGGCUCCUGGCUAUUCCUUGGAUAUGGAGUGUUUUGUUGGUCAUCACCGCUUUCAUACAUUUGGUUUCAAUGCCGAAAUCAUUGCGCAAAGUCUACAGGAUUGGCGUGAAAGAAAUUAUGACAGGUGUUGCAGAUGCACUGGAAAUAGCACUUUACAUACACUCUGCAAGUACUGGAACAGAAUUGAUUCACGGAAAAGGACUGAAUCAUUACGCAAACGGCCAUAUUGAUCCACAUUUAAACGGUGAGAAUGUGUGGCACAGCGGACUUUUGCUUCUUCUAACAGGAUUGAAUACGGGUGGAGCCGCCCUAUGUGCACUAGUGGACUACAUACAGCCUAAUACCAAAGCUGUCUACAAUAUGUACGAGAGCACUUUAUGGAUAAUACCAAUGUAUUCCAAAUGCGUAUCAAUUAAUAACUAUUCGCAUUUCAUGUCAACGGUGGUAUUUUGUGGUCUUGCAAUUUCAUAUAUGACUGUUGCCUACUUAUCACUUAAAACAGCUCUGCAUACAAUCUUUGAAUAUAAAGUGAAAUUGGUGUUUGCUGAGCAAGUGGUUGUAGCUGCGCUAAUUUUGUGUUGUAUGAGUCUUAGCUUGUUGUAUGCUACCACGGGUGGCAUAGCGCUACUGGAAAGUGUAGAUUCAAUUAUGACUGGAUUAACGAUGCCACUGAUUUGUUUAUUCGAGUUAGUUGCAAUGCUCUAUGUGUAUCGGAGCCAUGAUUUCAUAUCGGAUGUGAAUAUUGCAACUGAAGAGAACGUGUGUUCCAAUAGAAUCGACGCCCAAUGGCAAAUUAUACCAUUUAUUACGUUUGUGGUGUUGGUGAUGAAAGCCACGGCAUUAACUUCAGCGGAGAUGCCACAGGUCUUCAUGUAUCUUGCCCUGGCGCCACUUAUUGGUGUCGUUCUGUGUGUGCCAAUAAGAGCUUGCGUCAACGCGUUCAAAUUUUAUAAAUCACAAAAUGUUCGAUAG